AUGUUCUUCUGCUCUGCACUUCUUGUGCUCGCCGUCAAAAAACACAUACUACCUUCUGCACUGCACUUCUUGUGCUCCCCGUCACAAAACACAUACUACCUUACAUUUACAUUCUACCAGACUGCCAUCCUCAUACAUACAACUGCCAUCAAUAUGGCAGCUGUCUACGACGACCUGCUCGGUCUCCCCAAAGCACGUAGAAUUCUAAACAUCGUCAGCUACAGCGCCAAACCAAAGAUUCUCCAACUUCCGGGAGAGAUUCGUAAUCAGAUAUACCAGCUCGCGCUAUUUGAGCCCGACCUUGUUUACCGGAGGCACCAACCCAGCUGCCAUCGCUUUGGGCCUGAAACCACAUACUGGCCGAUACCAGCAAGCGCCCCUCCGGAGCCCAUGACAGCGGAGGAAAUCCAAGAAGAGCUGACGCGAAAGAAAUUAGAGCAAGACUGCUAUAAAACUUGCUGUGCUCGAGGUGGCCUCGGAUUACUGCGAACAAACAAGCAGAUUGCAGGCGAAGCAGGGUCCAUAUUCUGGCACGACUCUUCCUUCACGUUCCACAGCGCGGCACGUCUUCUGUCUGUCACCAAAAGCCUCACACAGAGAACGCGGUUCCAGAUCAGGUCUGUGAAGAUUGUGGGCGGCGCACCUGAGGAGCAGCACCGGUCUUGGGUAUCAGAAGAACGGGCUGCGUUGAGAGAUGCGCUAGCCAUCCUCCCGAAUCUCGACAAUCUCUCGGUUUCACCGUACCUUGUGGCCGCUGGUGGUCCCCAGUCCGCUUGGAGAGGAAUCCUGCGGCUGCGAAUGCUGACGAUUUGCGUAUUUUUGGAGCUUCCUCUUUACCCGCCAGAAAGCUCCACAAAUCCCAUCGUCAUGAUCAACCGCAACUAUGACAUGCCGGAAUGCCGCAUGGAUGGGGCCGAAGAAUCUUUAGUACUCAAAGCUUGCCCUUCACUUCGCAUCCGCCGGGCUAGAGUUUCACUCGAGGCAGACAAUCUGGGAGAUCGAGCCGAUGGUCUCGGAAAAGAAAUGGGCGAAUUAAGCUUGGAAUGGAUUCGGCAGAACUCACCCACACAUACUAGACACAACAGUCUUCGAUUCUGGAUCUAUCCCGGAGACGGAGUCCGUCAACCAGUCGACCUGUUAGGCCUGCAAAGACGCACCGAACCUCCCAGUGUAUACCGCGGCCCGCCCGCACAGCGAAAGCAACGGAAAGUGGUCUAUGAAGAGGAGCUGGAGCCAGACGACUUCUCAAUUCAUGACAAACCCAUCAAAACUCGACGAAACCAUCGUGGGGGGACGAAAUGUUCGAUAAACCAGCGUGAUCGUGCAUCUCGAAGCUUGAAGGUGCAAAGCUCCAAGCGAAAGCACGGUUUCACAGGACCGUCUUCAAAGACUGGAACUGCUGCAGUGUCUGUGCAAGAGCAAGAACACGAGCCGCAGCAAGAGCCCCAGCAAGAGCAAGACCAGGAACACGAGCAGGAACACGAGGAAAAGGCCACCACCCAUAAGACCAAAACCGACGCAGAAAAUCAAGAAAAGUGA